AUGUUUGCCACUGAGGAACUGAAUCAAGACUCGGAAAUGUUGCAAAACAAAUCUUUGGGAUUCAGGAUUUAUGAUACUUGCUACUCUGAGGUGAAAGCCCUAAAAGGUACCAUAGGACUGUUGUCUGGACAAGCAACGUUCAUUCCAAACUACCAUUGUGGAUCACAGGCAUUUGUCUCCACUAUUAUUGGGGAUGAGUCAUCUUUGACAUCUCUACCCAUGGCAAGAUUAUUGGGUAUUUAUAGAUAUCCACAGGUCAGCUAUGGUGCAACUCUUUCUCUCCUUAAUGACAAAACCCAGUUUCCUUCAUUUGUAAGGACCGCUCCAAAUGACAAUAUCCUGUCUUCUGGUUUGGCACACUUGAUACUACAUUUUGGCUGGACCUGGGUUGGGGUCCUAGCAGCAGAUAACGAUUAUGGCAGACAAGGAAGUGACAGAAUUAUUAAGGAACUCAGGAGCAACGGUGCUUGUCUUGCAUUAUUUGAAACCCUACCACUACACAGCUCAGAUAUGCACACCCUCAAAGUUGCAGACAAAAUCAUAUCUUCAACAACCACAGUUAUACUGGCUUAUUCUACUCAGCAGGAAUUGUCCUCACUAAUGGUGGAAGUAACCAGAAAAAGGAUAACAGGAAAGGUCUGGCUGGCACCUGAUGGCUGGUCUACCAGUUUAGACUUAUUUCCAAUGGAAGUUUGGAAAACACUGAAUGGCUCUUUAGGAUUAGCAUAUCAUAAAGGACAAAUAUCAGGAUUUACAGAGUUUGUUUAUAACAUUCACCCUUCUCAAGCCUCUCCAGAUGAUAUUUUCAUCAUAACCUUUUGGGAAGAAGCAUUUGGUUGCAGAUGGCGAAACGUCACUUACAGACAAAAUACUGAUUCCACAAAAGCACAGAAUGAUAUUCGCACUUGUACUGGUGAAGAAAAAAUUGAAAAUCUAAAACCGUCAGUGCUGGAUGUGUUCAACCUUCGAUUUGUGUACAACCUGUACAAUUCUGUCCAUGCAGUGGCGCACGCAUUACAUGACCUCAUCACAUGCAGACCAAACAAAAGCCCAUUCAUUAAUAACACCUGUCCAGGUGUUGAGAGUUUUCAGCCUUGGCAAGUUUUACACUAUCUCAGGCAUGUCCGAUUUGAGAAUAAAGCAGGCGAGGAGAUAUUUUUUGAUGAGAAUGGAGACCCUCAGCCUUAUUAUGACAUCUUGAAUUGGCAGUUGAUUCCUGGGAUUCCUGAAAAGUAUUCCAAAGUGGGCAGCUAUGCUCCUCAAACCUACCCUGGCCAGGGCAUUGUCAUCAACAAAACUGCCAUCAUGUGGAACCAAGGAGUUACUGAUGUACCCCGCUCUGUGUGUAAUGAAAAAUGUCCCCUAGGAUAUCGGAAGUCUAUGAUCCAUGGAAUGCCACUUUGCUGUUAUGACUGUAUCCUAUGUCCAACUGGAGAAAUUGCUAACCAGACAGACUCUAACAACUGCCUAAAGUGCUCAGCUGAUCAUUGGUCCAAUGACAGGUUUGACCGGUGCAUUCCAAAGGUCGUUGAGUUCCUUUCCUUUGAAGAACCAAUGGGAAGUGCUUUGACAUCUAUAUCCAUUUUUGCUUCCUGUACCACAGCAGUUAUCCUCUGUGUGUUCUUCAAACACCGGGACACCCCUGUUGUGAAAGCUAACAACCGCAGUCUGAGCUACCUUCUUCUCCUUUCCCUUACUUUCUGCUUCCUCUGCUCCCUCAUCUUCAUUGGUUAUCCCAAGAACAUCAACUGUCUUCUCCGUCAAGUUACAUUUGGUGUGACUUUCUCCCUUUGUGUUUCCUGUAUAUUGGCCAAAACCAUCACAGUGGUCAUAGCAUUCAGUGCUACAAACCCCAACAGCAAACUAAGGAGCUGGGUCGGGCCUAAAACACCAAACAUUAUUUUAAUUUUCUGUUUGCUUGUUCAAGUGAUUAUUUGUAUUGCUUGGCUGGGCAGUGCCCCUCCCUACCCUGAACAGGAUAUGACAUUUAAUUCAGGAAGAAUAAUCCUUCGCUGUAAUGAGGGUGCAAUAGUGUCAUUUUACUGCAUGCUGGGAUACAUGGGCUUACUAGCCAGUGUCAGUUUCAUUGUAGCCUUCUUAGCAAGGCACUUGCCAGAUGCCUUUAAUGAAGCCAAGUACAUUACAUUUAGCAUGCUGGUUUUUGUAUGUGUUUGGAUAUCUUUUAUCCCUGCCUACCUUAGCACUCGGGGUAAAUAUAUGGUUGCUGUGGAAAUAUUUGCUAUCAUAUCUUCAGGCCUGGGGAUGCUCGGCUGCAUAUUUUUCCCAAAAUGUUAUAUUAUUAUUUUACGACCUGAAAUUAAUACCAAAGGGCAUUUUGGAAGAAAGCAGAACCUGCAAAGAGAUUAA